AGAAGAAGAAGAAGAAGAAGAAGAAGAAGAAGAAGAAGAAGAAGAAGAAGAAGAAGAAGAAGAAGAAGAAGAAGAAGAAGAAGAAGAAGAAGAAUAAGAAGAAGAAGAAGAGGAGGAGGAAGAAGCACAAUAGUUCAGUGCAAUACAAGCACUUCACCAAUCAGCGGACGUUAUCCUGGGGUCUCGGGCGCUAGCACCAAUCACCAACCGUCUUCCUGAGUCUGCUUCCCACCUAACUCCAAGCUGAUUUUCGGCUGCGACAGACGACCCCGAAUACGAAGUUGAUAUACCUACUGGCAAAAAAUCUAGCCUUCAGGUUUAUCCACCCCCUGUGAUCCAUUGGACACAAGGAUUUCAAGAGAAACACUCCACUGAUGUCUGAGAAUCGCACUGAGAUUUCUACUGAGGAAUACACAGACAUGGAGUAUAACAGAGCAGCAUAUGUGAUGGAAGAAAGAGCCGCGCGAGCCAAAGAGAAGCGUCUGGCCGCACUGCGUCGCCUGAGUGGCAAGAAAACACAGGCACGAAAAGAAAUGACAGAGGGACGGAACACUGAGUCCUUGAAGUGGUCGGAACAAAAUCAGUCCUUCAAAUACAACGCAUGGGACUCUGAGAACGAGGAUGAAGAACACAUUGAAAUUUCUAAGAUUGACUGGGUAACUGAGUGGCUGGACAAACACUGCUUCCUUGAUGAGCAGGCCUGGGGCGCCGUCAUGGCCGGUGUUGAGGCCACGCCAGAGGAGAUGGAAAACGAACUCCAGGACAAACCCAACCCUCCUGUCGGUAACUUUAAAUUGGAUAGCAGCGAAUACACUUCACUAGAGAACACCUGCCCCAAGAAAUUUCUCGCUGCCCUUACGCGCCUUAAUCACUUGCAAAAGUCACACGAUGAUAUCCUGGCACAGCUGACCUUCCCCAACAAAAUGGUGGUGCAACAUGUGACUUACAUCGUCAAGGCCUUCCUGAGACGCAUGUAUUUUAGAAUGAAGGGCAAGAGCCACAAGAAACAGGAGGCCGUCAUGCGCAAGAUGCACUACGCCAUGCAGGGCAUCGUGCAUCGCUACUUCAAGCGGGGCAUGGACAAGAAAGUCUAUUUACACAAAGCAGCGGAGAAGGACGAGUUUGAAAACUGGAGUGAUGAUGAUGACGAAGAAGGACGAAGCGAUGACGACGAGAUGGAAGAAGGAAACGUCAAUGAAACUAAAGAAGAAGAAUCUGACGAAGUUCAGGAAAACGAAGAGAAACGGUCAAAUAAUGAAGAUGAAAUCCAAAAACGGAAGAUAGCAAUUCAAGAGACAAAGAUGGUGAAGAGGUUUGUGAGCAGCGCUGUCACGCUUCACGCACAGGCCCCCGAGACUCUGCUGAACACCAUGGAAGCGAUUUACAACGGAAAGGUGACGGUGGAGCACGUGCUCAAACACCCCCAAACUCUCAUCCACCAGAAUGACCGCGUGGAAGGGAGCGUGCCUGGCAUCGAGGGCCAAGACGGUAGUAACUCAAGCAACGAACACGAUGACGAGGACGAGUAUUACAUCCCUGACGACAAAUCAUACGCCAGCCUUGAGUUCUCCGACGACGAAAGAAUGCACUGCCACCUCUCACACGUGGAAGAUGAUGAGUGUGAAACGGAUGACGCUUCUUGGGAUGAGGAGGGUGACGGUGACGCUGAGAGUGAGGCCCACUUGAGUCCCACUGAGUAUCCUUCAGAUGGCGAGGAGUCCAGUUCGAGUGAAGACAGCGAGUGCGGUGGUGCCAGUGAUGAGAAGAAAAGCCAGACAUCACCAGGGCAGGAGAUGGACUUCAGGCUGCUUAACAGACUUGCCGGCGAAUUCAGUGACGGUAGCGAAGAGGAGGGGGACGAGAAGGCGGCGUGGAGGCGGAGUCAGGAUGUGAGCCGCACUCUGUGGAUGCAGGAAAUGGUCUCCGACUGUCCACUCAAAGAUAGGAUUUACAGUCAAGAAUUCCACUGCUGCCAAGCUCCUUUGUUCCCCAAGGUCAAUCUUUCAACACAUUCCAUUCAAGAGAAGGAAGAGAUUCUUGAACAGUUUAUGGAAAAGAAUGUCAGCAGAAACAUUCGCCUCUACGUCAUGAAAGCAGUUUGCCGAAGGAAUCUUGCGAUAUUCAAGAAGGUGUGGCGGCGUGCCAAGGGUCUCAAGCGGUUCCCAGGCCUGCGCCUGGGCACACAGGACACUGCAGCGUGGCAGUCUUUCAAGCGGCAGAAGGCCUACCUUAACGACUUCCUCAUGACGGAGAAAGAGGCCCUUCUUUAUAGUUUGUCGCGGAAGCACAAAGUGUCGUGUGAAGAAAUCUUCCAAGCACAGGGGACGGUAGAAAUGCUUCGUAAGAAACGGCGACUCGCAGUCAAGAUUGUCAAGUUCCUGGAUCAGCUCCCUAUCCGCCGCCUCGAGUACCUGAAUCAGCACGUCCUCGCAAAGGCACAGCGGGAAAAUGGAGGGGAGCCGCAAAGUCACUCAGACAUGACUUCCGUGUUGCUGUUUUUACAGACUGUUGCUACAAUGCAAGGACAGGAGUCGCUCUUUCCCUGCCACAUCCCUGUUUGCGAGAAGCUUCAAGGCUACGUGGAGAGCCUCGUUCACGAUAUUGACGACGAAUAUAAGUUCUUUUGUAAGGAAAAGGAAAAUCGGGCCCGCCGCGAGGAGGUCAAAGUAAAAUUGAAUAACAUGAGCCGAAACAAGUUGAGAAAGUACUUGUCUGUCGCGAAAGAAACUUAUCAGAGCUUGACGCGCAAGUUUCUGCAGCAGAAGCACAAAUACCUGAAGAGACGCCUAUCGGAGCACGAGCUUAACAGUCUGUUCCCCGUGUGCCCCAAAGAUGACAUAGGUCUGAUGCACCUCCCUAAACACCAGAGGCUGCAGCUGCUCACCCAACAUAACAACAAACAACACAAGCUCCGGCGUGAUUACAUUAACAUGGUCAAGGAAAAGGCACACCACACCAAGAGAGUUCUAGCCAAAAUGAACAAGUUCUUGUCGCGAAGUUCGGCUCAAGAAAUAAUUUUGAAAGUUUAUGACAUUCAGACGCAGGAGAGUGAGUGGGCACAGAGAAGCAUGGUGCUGGAAGAUGAGGCAAUAACCUACUUGGAGGCGUCACCCCAGGAGUACAAGGAUUCCACCAAGGACUCACUCACAGGCCUCACCUGGGACACCUGGAGUGACGAUGAGCAGGACAAUGAUUCGGACUGGAUGGAUGAAGGGUCGGAGGAAGGUGAAGAGGAGAUAAAGAAGGAAGAGGAGAUGGAACGAAAGGUUGCGGAGGAAGGAGAAGCCAAGAUAGAACCGCUGACUAUACAGAAAAUAUUCCGUGAGCUGUAUGUACAGUAUUAUCCUACAGGAAAUUACAUACUUAAAAAUCAGCGGGAUGUCCAGGAAUCCUAUCCAACUUCCUUCCCCUUCGAACAAAAACCCUGGGAGACUCCAGUCCAUCACGCGAUCCUGGAUAAAUUCGUAACGUAUCUUAGCAACAACAAAUCCCAGACAGGCAGGCCGUUAAAGAUCGAUUUUCGGAAAGAAAUACGUCGACUCUGGCACUACAAACCUAAAGGCUUCAUCAAGACCAUUCGAUGCUACGAAAACCUCAAGAAAACUUACAAAAAGGAGCAGAAGAGGGCUUUACGAGCAUGGACGGUCACGAAGGCUGACGAAGACCACGAACACCUAAAGCACCAUCAAUUCCAAGUGUCCUCGCAGUGCGAAGGCGAGACUCAAGCAACACCUACGAAAGAAAAGGAUAAUCGCAUUUCAAUGAAAAGAAAAUUCCAGAUAAAUGAAGACAUUACUCCUCAAUUUCUAACAGCAGAGUCGAAGAAAAUUAAACUGGAUCACGAUGAACACGAAACAAAGGAAAUGGAUACUGGAAAAACAAUCAAAAGGAAAAUCGAGGAGAGUGAACAAGUUAUGCAAAUUAAUAAGAAAAUCAAGAAUGGCGGAUAUGAGAUAACUAUCAAUACGGAGUGUGCCUCAGCAGAAGACGGAAAACAAAAAAAGUCAGUGAAAAGGCGAUUUCAGGAAGAAUGGGAUGUAAUGGAACACCCAAAAGACAAACUCAAGGAAGUUCAAAGUAAGAAAAAGAGGGUUUGGCGAGAAGAGAAAGUCACGAAUUGA